GUCAAGUUCAACAGUAGAACUUGGCAGAACAAAACAUUCUUCUCUAGCCGAUAUUCCUGAGUGACACAUUGUGUCAUCUCGGGGUCUUUUCUGUGCAUUGGCGCGCGGCAUGUAAUACAGCUAUCACCAGCAAAGAUGGAAACACGUUUAGAGACUCCAUAAUACUUGUCUAAAUGCUCGCUUCUUCAAGAUAAGCAUAAAUAAGGACCUGAUCCUCAAUGGAACGGAACCUGUCAACACCUCAAUUCGGCCUUACACCACGCCGUGAAACUCACCCUGCCUAAUCUCACAACAACAUCUCACAACUAUUGUAUCCCCUCUCACAGCGUCCAUCCUCACCACAAAUCCCUUUUUUCCGCCCUCGUCCGUGAUUCACCUCUCUUCGUCUUAGUGCCUGACUCACUCGCCGACUAAACCCCACCUCAUCUACAAAACCCUCACCUUCACCCAUCACCUCCUCGAAACAGCUUCUAAAUCUCCCCUUCAUCCUUCAAUACCACUCUAACGUCAAACCAAACACCAUGGCUUAUAACGUCCUCGUAACAGGCUCAUCCGGCCAUCUCGGCACAGCUCUUAUGCUUUCCCUCCCGACGUUCGGCUUCACACCUCUUGGGAUCGACAUCUUACCUUCUGAGAACACAACGCAUGUUGGAUCAAUCUCUGACCGCGCCUUUGUGACAUCUCUUCUUCAGAAACAUCCCAUCCAGCAUGUCCUUCAUGCUGCGACGUUGCAUAAGCCCCAUGUCGAAAGCCACUCCAAGCAAGACUUCAUCGACACAAACAUCACCGGCACCCUCAUUCUUCUCGAAGAAGCCUCCAAACUCGGCGCCCAGAUCGAAAGCUUCAUCUUCUUCAGCACAACAAGCACAUUCGGCGCAGCCCUAAGUCCCAAGCCCGGUCAACCCGCUGCGUGGAUCGACGAAACCGUCGUCCCCAUCCCCAAAAACAUCUACGGCGCUACAAAAGUCGCAGCGGAGGAUCUAUGCUUCCUCAUCCAGAAACAAACAGGCAUGCCCGUCUUAAUCCUCCGCACGAGCCGUUUUUUCCCAGAGCAGGAUGACGAUGAAGAUCGCAGAGCAGCUUUAUCAGACGACAACCUCAAAGUGCUUGAACUAGCGUACCGUCGCUGCGACAUUGAAGACAUAGUUCGCGCGGCAGUCUGCGCGAUGAAGAAAGGGCGAGAGAUACAGUUUCGGAAGUACAUCAUCAGCGCACCGCCGCCUUUUCCUAAUGACGCUGACACGCUGGCGAUGCUGGACAAAGACCCUAAGCAGGUGUUUGAGACUGUUGCGCCGGAGUGUGUGCAGGUUUUCAAGGAUAAGGGAUGGAGUCACUUGAAGAGGAUUGAUCGUGUUUAUGAUUCUAGUAAGGCGGUGGAGGAGUUGGGCUGGAAGCCUGAGUUUACGUUCAACAAGGUUGUUGAGUUGGUCGGGGAAGGCAAGGAGUGGAAGAGUGAGUUGACGGGGAAGGUUGGGAAGAGAGGAUAUCAUGCUACCAGUCACGGAGUUUAUACCCUGCGAUGAAUUUGCAGGCCGAGAAUUGAUGGUGGAUGGCAUGAGGUCACAGCGAAUAGCUUCACGAUAGGUUCAGCACACGACAGACAAUUGACACUAAUGAGACUUGGGUCUAAACAAACUCGUAUUCGCC